GGUUUUUGUGUUUCAGUAGAGGUAAAAGCCGGAGCCAACCAGCCAAGGAGGUUAACAAGAGCCGGAUUGUGUAAUUGGUCUUAAUCUAGUUGUCUUAGGUUGUUAGGGAAGAUGGGGUGGCUUUUUGGUGAUAGUUCGUCAGAUUCGAGUAAUGAUAACUCCUCCUCCAGCUCCAGUUUCGAGUCAUUCAGCAGUGAGCCUUCAUUCUCCUCCUCCAGCUUUGACUCAGGCUCCUCCUCUCCCUUCAGCGACUCCACAUUUGCAUCGCCGAGUUCUGGUUUUGACGGUGGCAGCAGUGGUGGUGGGACGGGGGGAAAGGAUGCGGAGCUACAGUCCUUCCUCAUGAUGGAGCAACAGAAGGCACAGAUGCAGUCAAUGAUUCACAAGAUGAACGACAUCUGCUGGGAGACGUGUGUUGGGUCUCCAGGCAGUAAACUUGACUCCCGCACCGAGACUUGCAUUGCCAACUGUGUAGACCGUUUCAUCGACUCCACACUCUUUAUCACAAAUCGUUUCGCACAACUGCUCUCAAAAUCAGGUGGCAUGAUGUGAGAGUUGAAGAGGUUUUAGUAUGUGUGUGUGUGUGUGUAUGGUAAUUGUCAGUACUGUAUUUGUUACUUGAUACAGUACAUCAUCUCACUAUGUAUACUUUAAUUCUUAUGCAGGGAAUUCAUUUAAGUGGGUAAUGAAAUAAUGAAGAAUUUUAAGUUUUUACAGCUAAUGAUGUGGUUGUUAUUGAAAGAAGACCACUGGCAUUGAUACAUUAUAUAGGAAAUGAGUAAGAGUUAGAAAGUGAUAGUUUUAAUAUUAUUCUGGUUUUGUAUUCACACUGUAACCCAGACUGUAGUGUUGACAGUCUCUCAGAAGAACAAGAAAAAUCUGGUUUGUUUUAUUGUACAGUGUAUUAUUGGACGAUGUACAGUAUAUGGAAUAAAUAGAGAAAUAUAA